AGCAGACUUUUGAGACAGAACGUACCCAAAGAGCCGCAUGUGGCUCACGGGCUGCAGUUUGUCGAUCCCUGUUUUUAGGAAAUUGGAGUAAGCUUGUAUUUGGGGAAGGUGUUUAGAGGAAUUAUACUUAUUCCAAAGAUCCUAGUAUGUUUUCUUAAGGAUGAAAGGGCAUGUGAGGGGGUGGGGAUACAGCCAGAGGCUUGAGUGUCAUUUCCCGACCUUGUUUCCUUGGAAGUAGCUUACGGCUCAGCCUUGAGGUAAUGACCCAAGGUCUAGGGCAGCCACCCCUCACUCUGUGUGGGGAAGUGUGCAAAAUGCUUUUCUUAGGACGGCCAAUCACGAGGUGCAGGGAUUGCACUUAUACUUCCUCUAACCUCGGUUUGUGGACAAGCCUUUGUGUCUUUGUGCAAUCCUCCUGCCUUUCUUGUUUGGGAUGAGAAGUGGCCUAGGGUGGGGCCUGGAGGACAAGGAGAGAGGGCUGUGCAUUCUUUCUCAAGCACUGCCUUGUCCUCAAACUGGCUAAUUUGCUCCAGGACAAUUUACCCAGGGCUGCAGAGCGGCACUUUCUUCUGUUUUCUGUCAAAGGAGAUCCCUGAGGGAGGUCUGCCUUAUCGCAGAAAGUGCUGAUCCCAGAGCUCUUAGCUGCCCUUUUUGCAGAGGUGAAGGGCCAAUGAACCUUGGACCCAGACAGUUGCUUAAUACUCCUCUCCCCCGCCCUUCUUGACUUCUUGAUUUGACUUAAAUCCAUAAGCACUUGCCUGGCCAUUCCUUUGACUGCUGGCUGAGGAGAAGUGGUCAGAGCAUAGCUCCGUGACCUCCACUGGCCUCUGCCGCUGCAGGAACCUGCUUACACCCCUGGCCAGGUAAGGGCAAUGCCAGGAAGCUGGUGAAACCUUUCUUCUCCUCCGCCAUGGGUGAGGGCAGUAAGUAUGAAGUGGCCUCCCAGCACGUGGGGGACGCCUCCUCUUUGGACGAGGAGGCCCACCCAGGGCCCGAGCAGGUGAAGCUGAAGAAGGAGAUCUCGCUGCUGAACGGCGUGUGCCUGAUUGUGGGGAACAUGAUUGGCUCGGGCAUCUUUGUGUCCCCCAAGGGCGUGCUUAUGUACAGUGCCUCCUUUGGCCUCUCCCUGGUCAUCUGGGCUAUUGGGGGCCUCUUCUCCGUCUUUGGGGCCCUUUGUUAUGCGGAACUGGGCACCACCAUUAAGAAGUCUGGCGCCAGCUAUGCAUACAUCCUCGAGGCCUUUGGGGGAUUCCUUGCCUUCAUUCGACUCUGGACCUCCCUCCUCAUCAUCGAGCCUACCAGCCAGGCCAUCAUCGCCAUCACCUUUGCCAACUACAUGGUGCAGCCCAUCUUCCCCAGCUGCUUCGCCCCCUACGCUGCCGGCCGCCUGCUGGCUGCUGCCUGCAUCUGUCUCUUAACCUUCAUUAACUGUGCCUAUGUCAAGUGGGGAACAAUAGUCCAAGAUGUCUUCACCUAUGCUAAAGUAUUGGCUCUGAUCGCUGUCAUCAUCGCAGGCAUUGUUAGACUUGGCCAGGGAGCCUCGAAUCACUUUGAGAAUUCCUUUGAGGGUUCAUCAUUUGCAAUGGGCGACAUUGCCCUAGCACUGUAUUCAGCUCUGUUUUCCUACUCGGGCUGGGACACCCUCAACUAUGUCACCGAAGAGAUCAAGAAUCCUGAGAGGAAUCUGCCCCUCUCCAUUGGCAUUUCCAUGCCCAUUGUCACCGUCAUCUACAUCAUGACCAAUGUGGCCUAUUACACCGUGCUUGACAUGAGGGACAUCCUGUCCAGUGAUGCUGUUGCUGUGACUUUUGCAGACCAGAUUUUUGGAAUAUUCAACUGGACAAUUCCACUGGCAGUUGCAUUAUCCUGCUUUGGUGGCCUCAAUGCCUCCAUUGUGGCUGCUUCUAGGCUUUUCUUUGUGGGCUCAAGAGAAGGUCAUCUCCCUGAUGCCAUCUGCAUGAUUCAUGUUGAGCGGUUCACGCCAGUACCUGCUCUGCUCUUCAACGGUGUCAUGGCGCUGGUCUACUUGUGUGUGGAGGACAUCUUCCAGCUCAUUAACUACUACAGUUUCAGCUACUGGUUCUUUGUGGGGCUCUCGAUUGUGGGUCAACUUUAUCUGCGCUGGAAGGAGCCUGACAGGCCUCGUUCUCUCAAGCUCAGCCUUUUCUUCCCCAUUGUCUUCUGCCUCUGCACCAUCUUCCUGGUGGCAGUUCCACUUUAUAGUGAUACCAUCAACUCCCUCAUCGGCAUUGCCAUUGCCCUCUCAGGCUUGCCCUUUUACUUCCUCAUCAUCAGAGUGCCAGAACACAAACGACCUCAUUGCCUCCGAAGAAUUGUGGCAUCUACCACAUGGUACCUCCAGGUCCUGUGUAUGUCAGUUGCUGCAGAGAUGGAUUUGGAAGAUGGAGAGAUACCCAAGCAACAAGAUCCUAAAUCUAACUAAGUAACACCCAGAAUCCUGAGAUGUGAAAAGGAGGGGCUUCUUGUUUCCUACUGGCUGCAGUCAAGGAAGCUGAAAAGGAAAGCUCACUUCUUUGGAGGCACCCGUCUGGAAGCCUGGUCUUGGCAGCUUCAAAACCUUGGAAGUUGCUUUUUGAGAGAUGGACAGUUAAUUUAUUUGUUUUGCUAGAUUAUUUUUCCAGAUUUUUUUUAAGGGGAUGAUAAAGCAGACUGUGGUGGGAGUAUGUCAGGUGUGGGCUUGGUUGUUCUAGUAGCACAUUAACGUGUGUUAAGAUAUUCACGCACCUCUGGGUGUGCCUACCUAACUCCUCCUUUCCUUUAAAAGGGCCACCAAUGCUCCAAACUGUCUCCUUUAGAGAGACAUACUAUAGGUGCUGGACAAUAAAAGGGUUGUGUUCCUAAGCUAAGCUUUGAGCAGCUUCAUUUUAUAUAGUGUCUCUGGGACAGUUCCUAUUAGCCUGGCAGGAAGACUAAAAACAAUCUUAUGCUUGAAAGUGUCUGAAUAUUUCUUCCCUCUCAAGCCAGUUGGUGAUGGCUGAUGCAGUCUCUACACAAGAAAACACCUAAGCUGCUGCAGCAAAAUGUUAGAUAAAAACUAAAUCAACUUCCAUUCCUCUUAAUUACCACUAAGAAUUUCAGCAUACCUACUUCUUGGAGUGUAUUUUAUAGGUAAUCUUGGUGUAAAUAAACAUGGUUACUCUAUUUA